CGGUUCUGUGGAGACUCGGCCGGUGGUGGGUCCGGCUGCGGUGGCCGCACGCGGACGGGGCUCGUGCCCGCGGGGUCCCGGCGCCAUGGGGGUGGAGAAGAGGCUGCUGCCGAUUAAGGAGGCCUUUCAGCUGGCGCAGCAGCCGCACCAGAACCAGGCGAAGCUGGUGAGGGCGCUGAGCCGCACCUACGGCCUGGUGGGUAAUAAAAUAGUUUUUCAUGAGGAGUUCGUUCAUUACCUUAAAUAUGCGAUGGUGAUCUACAAACGAGAACCAGCUGUGGAGAGGGUGAUAGAAUUUGCAGCGAAGUUUGUUACUUCGUUUCACCAAUCAGAGACGGAAGAUGAUGAGGAAGAGGAAGAUGGUGGCCUUUUAAAUUACCUAUUUACUUUUCUAUUAAAGUCUCAUGAAGCAAACAGCAAUGCGGUUAGAUUUAGAGCGUGCCAGCUCAUAAAUAAGCUUUUGGGAAGUAUGCCAGAAAAUGCCCAGAUUGAUGAUGAUUUGUUUGAUAAAAUUAAUGAAGCCAUGCUUAUUAGAUUGAAAGAUAAAAUUCCAAAUGUGAGGAUACAGGCAGUUCUUGCUCUUUCACGACUUCAGGAUCCCAAAGAUGAUGAAUGCCCAGUGGUUAAUGCAUAUGCUACUUUGAUUGAAAAUGAUUCAAAUCCAGAAGUUAGGCGGGCAGUGUUAUCGUGUAUUACGCCAUCAGCAAAGACUUUGCCAAAAAUUGUAGGGCGCACCAAGGAUGUGAAAGAGGCUGUCAGAAAGCUGGCUUAUCAGGUUUUAGCUGAAAAGGUUCAUAUGAGAGCUAUGUCUAUUGCUCAGAGAGUAAUGCUCCUUCAACAAGGUUUUAAUGACAGAUCAGAUGCUGUGAAACAAGCAAUGCAGAAGCAUCUUCUCCAAGGCUGGUUACGUUUCACUGAAGGAAAUAUAUUAGAGUUGCUUCAUCGGUUGGAUGUGGAAAAUUCUUCUGAAGUGGCCAUCUCUGUUCUCAAUGCCUUAUUUUCGGUGACUCCUCUUAGUGAACUGGCAGAAAUCUGUAAAAAUAAUGAUGGCAGGAAAUUGAUUUCAUUGGAAACAUUAACUCCUGAAAUUGCUUUGUACUGGCGUGUCCUUUGUGAAUAUUUGAAAUCAAAAGGAGAUGAAGGUGAAGAAUUUUUAGAGCAGAUUUUGCCAGAGCCUGUAGUAUAUGCUGAGUAUUUAUCAAGUUAUAUUCAGAGCAUUCCAGUUGUUAAUGAUGAACAGAGAGGUGAUUUUUCCUAUAUUGGAAAUUUGAUGACAAAAGAGUUCAUAGGUCAACAAUUGAUUCUAAUUAUCAAGUCUUUGGAUACCAGUGAAGAAGGAGGAAGGAAACGACUGCUGGCUAUUUUACAGGAGAUUCUUACUCUACCCACAACUCCGAUAUCCCUAAUUUCUUUUCUUGUUGAGAGACUGCUCCAUAUCAUUAUAGAUGAUAAUAAGAGAACAGAAAUUGUUACAGAAAUUAUCUCAGAGAUUCGGAUGCCCAUUGUUACUGUUGGUGUUAAUAAUGAUCCAGCUGAUGUAAGAAAGAAAGAACUCAAGAUGGCUGAAAUAAAAGUUAAACUUAUUGAGGCAAAAGGAGCUUUGGAAAAUUGCAUUGCCUUACAGGAUUUUAAUCAAGCAUCAGAGUUAAAAGAAGAAAUAAAAGCAUUAGAAGAUGCCAAAAUAAACCUCUUGAAAGAGACAGAGCAACUUGAAAUUAAAGAAGUCCACGUAGAGAAGAAUGAUGCUGAAACACUACAGAAGUGUCUUAUUUUGUGCUAUGAACUGUUGAAGCAGAUGUCCCCUUCAACAGGUAUAGGUGCAACCAUGAAUGGCAUCAUUGAAUCUUUGAUUCUUCCUGGAAUAAUAAGUGUUCAUCCUGUAGUAAGAAAUCUGGCUGUUUUAUGCUUGGGAUGCUGUGGACUACAGAAUCGGGAUUUUGCAAGUAAACAUUUUGUGUUACUAUUGCAGGUUUUGCAAAUCGAUGAUGUGACAAUAAAAAUAAGUGCUUUAAAGGCAAUCUUUGACCAGCUGAUGACAUUUGGGAUUGAACCAUUUAAAACUAAAAAAAUCAAAGCCCCUCAAAGUGAAGGUGCAGAAAUAAACACUAAUGAAGAACAAGAGUUAAAAGAAGCUGAAGAGACAGCCAAGAAUAUUCUGAAACUCCUUUCUGAUUUCUUAGAUAGCGAGGUGUCUGAACUCAGGACAGGAGCUGCAGAAGGAUUAGCCAAGCUGAUGUUCUCUGGGCUUUUGGUCAGCAGCAAGAUUCUGUCUCGUCUUAUCUUGUUAUGGUACAGUCCUGUGACUGAAGAGGAUGUUCGACUUCGACAUUGCCUAGGCGUGUUCUUCCCCAUGUUUGCUUAUGCAAGCAGGACUAAUCAAGAAUGUUUUGAAGAAGCCUUUCUUCCAACUCUGCAAACACUGGCCAGUGCCCCUGCUUCUUCUCCUUUAGCUGAAGUAGAUAUCACUAAUGUUGCUGAGUUGCUUGUAGAUUUGACCAGACCAAGUGGAUUAAAUCCUCAGGCCAAGAAUUCCCAAGAUUAUCAGGCCUUAACAGUUCACGACAAUUUGGCUAUAAAACUUUGCAAUGAGAUCUUAACGUGUCCAUGUUCACCAGAAAUUCGGGUCUAUACAAAAGCCUUGAGUUCUUUAGAACUCAGUAACAAUCUUGCUAAAGAUCUUCUGGGUCUGUUGAAUGACAUUCUGGAGCAAGUAAAAGAUAGGACAUGUCUGAGAGCUUUGGAGAAAAUCAAGAUUCAGUUAGAAAAAGGAAAUAAAGAAUAUGGUGACCAAGAUGUAGCAGCACAGGAUGCCAGCACAACUACGGCUGUUUUUCCAAAUGAAGAUGAAAAGAAUAAAGAAGUAUAUUUAACUCCUCUCAAGGAUGUAAAAGCAACCCAAGCGUCAAAAUCUACGCAGCAGAAGACUAUUAGAGGACGGAGAAAAGUGACAGCUUCAGCAAGGAUGAACAGGAGAUGUCAGACUGCUGAGGUUGAGGCUGACUCUGAAAGUGAUCAUGAAGUUCCAGAGCCAGAAUCAGAAAUGAAGAUGAGAUUACCAAGACGAGCCAAAACAGCAGCACUAGAAAAAAGUAAACUGAACCUUGCACAAUUUCUCAAUGAAGAUAUGAGUUAGGAGAAGAGAUGAUGGAGGUGGAGUCUUUGUUAAAAGUCCUUUAAAAUUGUGUUCAGUUCUUGCUUUAAUAAAGUUACCCUUGUGUCAAAAUCAGAAAAAGCCUGAUUUCUUGUAGGACUUUCUGCUGUGCGAUUCCACAUUACUUUGGCCUAUUGAAGCGUUAGGAUGGCGUCUGUCAAUGUGCUCCACAGACCGUCCGCAUCAGUCACACAGAUUUAAUUGGAAUCUAAGGAGGGCCUAGGAACUUGCUUUUUAAAACAGGCUUCCCACGCGAUGCUUAUGAACUCUCCUGUUUAAAAUCACGACAUUAUGGACAGCUUUUAAGUGUAACUAGCUAGUAGCUUGCAUUUGGGAAGCUUCUGACCUAGCUGGGGCAGAUCCAACACAGAUGAAAACACCUCAGAGCACGUUUAAAAAGUGACAUCUCAGAGGCAAAAGCACCACAAACUGGCUAGAAAGGGAGGAGGACUAUUAGAAUGAACCAAAGUACCCAGCAUCCAAGUUCAGCAGUUACCAUUUUGAUCAUUUGUUUUGUGAUUCUCACACUAAAAAUAUUUUUGAUAAUGCUACCUGCAUGGGUAAUUUCUCUUCCUAAAAUAUUUGCAUAUGAAAGGCCUAAUUUGCUUAUGUUUGUGAUGGUGUUUCCUGGGUUAGGGAGAUGUUCACAUAUGCAUAUUCAUCAUGGAGUUGUUUUCUGUGUUUUUGGCAUAACAAUAUUAUGGAUAAUAAAAAAAUACUAGUUGGAAAAGAAUGUGACAGGAAGUCCUCUAUAUACUAAUUAAUUUGUGAGCACUCUUUCUUCACUGUCAAUUUCAUUUAUCUUCUGAAAUUGGCACUUCCCUGACUUAGGAAACAUAACCUGUAUGAAAUCCGUCCUCUUUCUUUCUGCAACACUCAAUAAAACACUUUUUCUCAUCCCUGUGAUAAUAACCUUUUCUUUUUAUUGUUGAGAAUAGAUGUGUCCUAACAUUGGAUCUGUUUUAAUAAUUGUGCUUUUUUAAGCUUAUUUACCAGAGACCAUUUAUUUAAAAUGAUGUUCUAAGAUGGAGCUAAAGUAAGAUUGUUGUGCUUUUUAGAACCAAAUUGCUUUUUACAUACAUAUACAUGCUUUAUAAAACUCAGAAAUAUAAAAGGAGUCUGAAAGUUACAAAGAAUGCUUAUUAAGUGAAAAGAAAAGGCAGAAAUGGUUGUGAUAUAAAAACAAUGAAAAAUGGAUGACUUUUCAUUCUCUUGGCUUUGUGUCUUUUACUGUGCUUCGAAUUCCUUAUGUAAGUCUUCUUUUGUUAAAUCCCUGUCGCUUUAAAAAUAACUGGGGGAUGGGGUGGUAAAGAGAAAUAAGGACUUAAAAGUACACAAAAUGUGCUGUAAGGAAAAGUGUUCAGAAAAACAAUGAACCAAAUCCUAUGUGCCCCUAGCCAGGCCAUCCAAAGGGAAGGAGCUGUGUUCUUACAUGCUUACACGGACCACCACACCAAAGCAUGGGAAAAUUAAUUUGGCACUUGGCAUUUAUCUGGUAUGGGAAAAAUAAAUUUAACCACCAAAACUUGAGUAUUCUUCCUAUUCAAAUUUUAGACACAAUCACAUAAGCCAUUGCUGAAACUAUGCUUUUGCACUAUUAGAGUUAAAGGUAAGGAUUAUUAUCCGAUUUUAAAAGACCCUAUUCGUUUACACUUUAAAACAAAUGGCUAAAAUACAAUAAAAUCAGUAGAUGUAAAUCCAUUUACCAUUUUGCAUUCAAAACUGUUAACUUACAGAAACCAAACUUUUUGUCUGCAAGAGGCACAGAUUUGCUGAAGAGUAAACAUGCAAUAGUGCCAUUGCUCUUACAGCCCACAGACUUUAUAGGUUUAAAAAUACAGAGAAAGAAAUGAUCAGCUCAAAUUCUCAUGAAUGGAAACAUGCUACUUGAUAAACUAUGAUCAAUUUUUGUAUACAUAUAUAACUUUGAAAGAGAGACACUUCUAAGAGAUACCUUUGCCUUUUACCAAUUUGCUUCGAGGUAGUUGGUAUCCACCUGUUUGUUAUACAACCGUUCAUGGGUCAGGUCAUCACAAAGCUUUACAACACUAGCCUUCUAAAUCACAAUGCAUUAUAUAUUAAAACUUUGUGCACAGAAAUCAAACUGGGGACAAUUACGUAUAUAAACUUAGGGUGUAAAAAAUUCACAAAAUACCCCUAAAAAGAGAACAUCAAAAUCCAUUUGUACUGCAAAAUUCCACAAUGGUCCGGUGUAAAACAUGUAAAAAAAAUACAAAGAAUAUAAUCAAAAUGAUUAAUGCUAAUGAUUUAAUAUAAAGACAUCACAGGACUAGAAAUAUUUCAAGAUCAAUUGAUAAAUGCUUAUUGUUCAGCAGAAAGAAUAUUGACAUACAAAAUAAGGAUAGUGCAAGAAGAACGGCAA